AUGGAGAAUAGUAAAUCGGAACAAUUUUGUCCCAAUGCAUUGUCUGCAAAUGCUACGGUGGAACCGUUGGCUACGCCCGACAGGGCGGAAGUUGUCCCGGGAAAACCAUACUGUGGGAACGGUGUAUCUGCAAGCAGUAAACAGAAACUAACGGCGACAUCGGAUCGAACGGUUUCACAGCAUAACCCGAGUCUCAGUAUGACCAAGUACAAGACACCUGCUAAGCACAGGUCAUCACUCCGAAUACAGGAACUAUCCGUCGCGUCUGACAAAGACGCACGCGUUCCAAACACUUCACCUGGCCUGUCCAUAACUUUGAUAUUUUCGGCAAAAGAGUUUCAAGAGUUUCAAGAGAGGGCUCUGGACAUUACUGUGAUUUCAGACGCAUCCAAUUAUGGUAUUGGAGCAGUUAACAGGGUCACAGGGACCCCAUACUGGAAGGCGUACAAGAAGAACGCCCAAACUCUUCGUGAUCUCCUUCUCGCCUUUCUGCCAAGUCACGCGCUGUCCAGCUCGCGGUUUGCACCAUCCUGA